CAAAAUUUUCGGACCUUGGAGGGGCAUUGCCUUGGGGCGCCAUGGAUGGGAAGGACCAUCUGGCUGCCCCCUUGCUGGGCAAGAAGGCACCCCCUCCACUGACACCCCUCUAUGCAGUAAGUCUCCUUCGAACGACUGCUGUGGCAAUAGCAAUGAUCCCAGCCUUCAAUUUGAGAGUUUCAGCACUAGGGCAGGCUGCUGGUUAUGAUGCCGCCGAAGUAGCCAAUGCCUUGGGCCUCAUCAGUGCCCUGCGCAGCUUCUCAGAGUUCACUGCCGCACCGAUGUUGGCCUCGUGGUCAGAUCGCCACGGCCGAAAGUGGGCACUGCUGCUGUCCUCCGUGGCCUUCGUCUUGGAAGCCGCACUCAUCGCAGUGUCUCCAGGAUUGCUGAUGAUGGGCAUCGUGCAUACCCUGGGUGGAUUUCUGGCAUCCAAUGGGGCCAUAGAGACCAGCUGCGUGGCUGAUGCAACCCCUGCGGGCCCAAAACGCGCGGUGGCGGUUGGCCGGUUCUUAACAGUGGUUGGGGCUGCUCUAGUCCUUGGACCUUUUUUGGGAGGCAUUCUGUUGGAGAAUUUUGGUGGGCGCUCACCCUUUGCGUUUGCAGCAGUGCUUGGCUUCAUUGCGUUGCUGGCAAUGACUGGCUUCGUUCCUGAGUACCUUCCGCCCUCGCGACGUUCCCAGAGCAGCAGUACCACAAAAGCUCCGGUGCUGGCAGCCUUUCAGCUGUUGGUGCAGAAUCCUGCAUUGCGGUGGUACACAGCAGCAUCAGGUCUCUUCAGUUUAGGCAUGGCGGUUUAUGGCACAGUGAACGUCUUGUGGCUGAAGGAGGCUUUUGGAUGGAAUGGUCAGGAUGUGGGCCAUUUCCUCUCUGCUGUUGGGGCGGCUGUGAUCAUCUCACAGGUUGUUUUUCUACCAGUGCUUCUGCGAAUAGCCAAGGGGCGAGAACCCUGGGUGGUGCAAGGAGCCAUUGUGCUUCAUGCCAUCAAAUUUGUUGGCUAUGCAUGGGCCCCUCGUGGGCCUUGGGCAUAUGUAGUUCUUGCCAUUAGUUCACCCACCUUUUGCGCCGCUCCAAUCCUUUCAAGCCUGUGCACUAGGCACGUGCCGUCAACGCAGCAAGGGCUCUGGUCUGGCAGUGCUUCUGCGCUGUCCACAGCAGCCAAUGUCGUGGGAGCCUUGAUCGGCUCCCGGCUUCUUGCGAUAGCACUUGAGGGGCAUUUGCCCCUGGGAUCUCCUCUCUAUGCUGGGACAGUGUUUCAUCUCCUGGCUGCGCUUUGCGUUGGCUGUGGCUGCCGUGUGGCUGGGGAGAAGAAGGUGGACGAGGUGACGGAAGGUUUUCCAGACCCAAUCUGUGGAGCAUGACGCGCAACCGCCACCCUUUUGGAAACGGCCUUGUUAUAGCCUGCAAAAAGUUACCUUCGUGGCAGGCAGGCAAUCAUGCCUGUAGCAGCCAUGGUAGCUGUGCGCGACCCUCGGAACUGGC